AUGUCUGACUUCAGCAUGUAUCAUCAGCUGGGCCAGGGCGAGCAGGACCCCUCCAACCCGAAUCGAUCGACACAACCCGCACCUCCCCAGUUCUCCCCUCCCAUCGCGGGGCAGCAGUAUCAACAGGGAGCAGCCUACGGAAGCCCUCCCACCCCUGGACAACAACAAUACUAUGGCGGUCAGCCUGGUUCAGUGCCGCCUCAGGGUCAGCCCUAUGGUGCUCCGGGCCAGGAAUACGCGCAGAGCCCGGGUUUCCAGUCACAGGACAGCUUAGCGGCGCAAAUGGGAGGCAUGUCGCUCGGCGACGGCCAAGGCACGGCCAGAAGGAAGAAGAAGGACCGCCACGCAUACCACCAAGUCGAGGCGACAGGCUCCUCGCAGGCCUUCAACGGCAUCCCCCCGGCCGGCACGAAUGCCACCGCCUUCCUGAAUGAUCCCUCGCAGGCCCAGUUCGCCCAGAUGAAUCAAUUCCCUGUCGCUGCUGGCCAAACAUUCACACCCGGUAUCCCCGCGUCCCCCGCCGAAUUCGCUACCCGGAACGGCUCCGACUCGGCUGGACCGCCGGCAGUGGUCCAGACCUCCGGCCAUCAGAAGCUGUCCCUCGAUGACCUGCCUAGCGUGCCGCUCUCCCGUGACGCCCUGCAACAGCACUACUUUUCUAACGUCUAUCCUACCUUUGAGAAGCACCUGCCCCCUCCCGCGACGGUGUCAUACGUUGCCUUCGACCAGGGCAAUGCCUCGCCCAAGUUCGCGCGGCUGACGCUGAACAGCAUCCCCUCCAAUGCUGAGGGCCUGGCUCUGACCGGCCUUCCCAUGGGUCUCUUGUUGCAGCCCAUGGCUCCCCUGCAGCCCGGCGAGCUCGAAAUUCCGGUUCUUGACUUUGGCGACUCUGGCCCCCCGAGAUGUCGCCGCUGCAGAGCUUACAUCAACCCCUUCAUGAUGUUCCGGUCCGGCGGCAACAAGUUUGUUUGCAACCUGUGCACCUACCCCAAUGAUACCCCGUCCGAAUACUUCUCCGCACUCACUCCCCAAGGUGUCAGAGUGGACCGUGAUCAGCGGCCAGAGCUGACCAGGGGCACUGUUGAGUUCGUCGUGCCCAAGGAGUACUGGACGAAAGAGCCCACCGGCCUGCGCUGGCUGUUUGUAAUUGAUGUCACCCAGGAGUCCUUCAACAAGGGUUUCAUCGAGUCUUUCUGUGAGGGCAUCGUUGCCGCCCUGUAUGGCGGUGAAGAUGCCGAGAGGGAUGAGGACGGCGAGCCCAAGCGGAGGAUACCUCCUGGUGCCAAGGUCGGCUUCGUAACCUACGACAAGGACAUCCACUUCUACAACGUUAACCCCGCUCUGGACCAGGCACAGAUGAUGAUCAUGCCUGAUCUGGAAGACCCUUUCGUGCCCCUGAGUGACGGCCUCUUCGUCGACCCUUACGAGUCCAAGGACGUCAUCACAUCACUACUUACUAUACUGCCCACAAUGUUCUCCAACAUCAAGAACCCCGAACCAGCCCUCCUUGCUACCCUCAACUCUGCCGUCGCCGCGUUGGAGAAGACAGGAGGUAAGAUUGUUUGCUCUCUAGCCGCGCUGCCUACUUGGGGCCCUGGCCGCCUCUUCCUUCGGGACGAUGGUAAGCACCCGGGAGGCGAGAUUGACAAGAAGCUCUUCUCCACGGAGCACCCGGCGUGGAAGAAGCUGGCGGAGAAGAUGGUGGCCAGCGGUAUCGGUGCCGACUUCUUCCUUGCCUCGCCGUCUGGCGGCUAUCUGGAUAUUGCUACCGUCGGUCACGUCGCCGCGUCGACUGGCGGCGAGACGUUUUACUACCCUAACUUCAUCGGUGCGCGCGACAACACGAAGCUGUCGAUGGAGAUCAAGCACGCGGUUACGCGCGAGACUGGUUUCCAGGCGCUGAUGAAGGUCCGCUGCUCCAACGGCCUGCAGAUUAACGGCUACCAUGGCAACUUCAUCCACCACACGUUUGGCGCCGACCUUGAGAUCGGAGUCAUUGACGCCGACAAGGCCAUGGGCGUGACCUUUUCCUACGACGGCAAGCUGGACUCGAAACUCGACGCCCAUUUCCAGUCGGCGUUGCUGUACACCACAGCCUCUGGCCAGCGCAGAGUGCGCUGCUCCAACGUCAUCGCCAGCGUCUGCGACAACCCGAGAGACAGUGUCAAGUUUAUCGACCAAGAUGCCGUCUUCACAAUCCUGGCCAAGGAGGCGAGCACAAAACUGGCGACGACCUCUGCGUCGCUAAAGGACGUCCGUAACCACUUGACGGAGCGCACGAUCGACAUCCUGUCGGCGUACCGCAAGAACUUCCUGACGUCGGCCCAACCAGACGGCCAGCUGGUCAUGCCCGAGAAACUGAAGGAGUUCUCCAUGUAUAUGCUUGGUCUCCUUAAGUGCCGCGCCUUCAAGGGCGGUAACGAGAGCUCCGACCGCCGAGUGCACGAGAUGCGCAUGAUCCGGUCCAUGGGCGCCAAAGAGCUGAGCCUGUACCUCUACCCACGCAUGAUCCCGCUGCACAACCUCGCGCCAGAAGACGGGUUUCCCGAUGAGUCGGGCCACCUCCGGGUGCCGCCCGCGAUCCGCACGUCCUUCUCUCGCGUCGAGCCCGGCGGUGUGUACCUCGUCGACAACGGCCAGCAGUGUCUUAUGUGGUUCCACGCGCAGACAUCGCCGAACCUUAUCGCCGACCUGUUCGGCGAGGAUAAAACGACGUUGCAGAGCCUCGACGCGUAUACGUCUUCGCUGCCCAUUCUCCAGACGCACCUCAACGCGCAGGUGCGCAACAUCAUCGAGUUCCUCAAGACGAUGCGCGGGUCCAAGGGGCUGGGCAUCCAGCUCGCGAGACAGGGCAUCGACGGCGCCGAGUACGAGUUCGCGCGCAUGCUCGUCGAGGACAGGAACAAUGAGGCGCAGAGCUACGUCGACUGGCUUGUGCACCUCCACAGGAGCGUCCAGCUCGAACUGUCCGGACAGAGAAAGAGAGACGACCCGUUAACGGACGCCAACGCGCUAGCAGGCUUCGCCGGCCUGAGACCUAACUAUUGGUAA